UUGUGAGCUAGGGUAUUGCGCACGUGUUCUAUUUUGUUCUUAAAUAAUUACUAAAUUUAUCAAGUCUUUCUUGAUUUUACCAUUUUUCUAUCGUAAGUUCGUUUAUCAAGAAAAGUAAUAUUAGAUUCACUUACAAUGUAAAUACGAAGUUAUGCGAUGUCCAAAGAAGGUUAUAUUGCCGAAAAAAAAGAAGAUAGCAAGAUUGUUUUAGAAAAGUUACAAUCGUACCUAAAGGAUAAGAGAAGUGUAGAGACUGGGGAAUCGGCUAUAAGCUAUAACAAGCCGAGUACUAGCUUUGAGCAAAGUCCGCAUACAACCCUCAUUGACGACAGCAGCAACGUAUUACGUGAAGUUUUAAAUCAUAAGAAGGCUGAAUUGCUACGUCAACCUGAAAUAGUUGCUUUUUUAAAGACAUUGUCUUCUGAUCUAAAAAAAUAAUGGCGGUCGCAACACAGAAGAAUGUAGCAUCUCUGAUACGUAAAACAUUAGACAGACAAGCAGCUGUUGCACGCACGAAGUUUAGCUUUAAAAAAAAUCAAAUAGAGCGGAUUUUACUGAGCUAUAUAAGAGAUGAUAAUGCGGGACCGUACAAUGAACUAAUAAAUAUUUUGAAAGAUUAUCCAUUGAAUGAUGAUAAUUUUAGAAUUUUGUUUGAAGAUUGUUUGUCUUGUGUAGUCUUAUUAGGUAGAGAAUUGAAGACAUUUGUUGAUGCCUUAUACUGUGUUGAGUGGGCAAAUAGAGAUGAAAGCUUAGUAGAGAUUUAUAGUAGAUUUGUGUUAAGUCUGGUGACUGCUCAUACUUACCAUUGUCCACAACUAAUGACAUCCUUAGUAAAAUUAUUUAAAGCUGAUGGUGAAAAUUGGGAUGAAAAACCUUCCAAAGAAAUGGUAUCUAAAUGGUCAAAUAUUCAUAUGAUAAUUGCACAAAUUGUCGCAGUUGUGCCUAUGACCAGUGAUCUUCUUAUGCAAACAGUAAUUGCACAAUUCCCAUAUUACAAAGUUGGAUGCUUUGCAAACAGAGCUUAUAUUCAUAACUUAAUAUGGAUAAGCAAGUAUAUACCUUCUCUGGUGGAACAAAUUAUGACAGCCAUUAUGAACAAGAUGGUAGAUAUGGAUGCCAAUGUUGAUAGAGAGAAGAAUAAAGUCCAAGACACAAUGUUUGAAAUGGAAGUAGAUGAAAAAGAUAAUAUUAGUACAACACUCGACUAUUGUAUGCUUGAAAUGCUAAACUGGUUGGAGGAUGAGAGAGAUUCUGUGCUCCAUAUCAUGUGCAAUGUAUUUGAAAGAAUUAUUUUGCCAACAUAUGGCAUAAAACAUGUUCAGUUCCUCCUUUUAUACACAAUAUCUAUAAACCAACAAUGUGCUGAUCGAGUGUUUAAAAAUCUAUGGAUAGUAGCUGCUGGCUUGCAUGGUCUUGGCCCUGGGGCUCUGGCAACACGAAGAACUGCUGCCAGUCACUUAGCAGGACUGCUAGCGAGAUGUGUACGUGUGCAAAACUCUAGACUUAUACAAUAUUUGAAGAUAAUGACAGAAUGGUGUCAUUCGUACAUAACUGCAACACAAGAAUCAACAGUAGCUGAUAAUACAAAAGUGCAUGGUGCUUUUCAUGCAAUAUGCCAUUCUAUAUUUUACUUGGUUGCUUUUAAAAAUCAUUAUCUAUUUAUGAGUAAAGAAAGUUUAAAUUUUGUAGAGUCAUUAAACUUACCUCGUCUAGUCACAUGCACACUAAAUCCCCUUCGAACAUGCCCACCUCAAGUCACCAGAGCAUUCUCCUCUGUAACGAGAUCUCACCAAGUUGUGUAUUGCCAGGCAAUCAUAGAGAAAAAUGCAAGGCUUACAUUGCAGAAUACAAUUCAAAAAUAUGAUGAGUGGUUCCCUUAUGAUCCAUAUACAUUACCUGUAUCAGGAAAAAUAAUUUGGCCAUUGUGUAUGGAAUAUAAGGAUGUCUUCAAAGAUGGCGAUGAUGAGACGCAGUACACAAGUUUUAAAAGAAAAAUGGAAGCAGAAGAUGAUGAUUAUUUAAUACCCAGUCCGUCACAGAAACUAGCAUCUUCUUUAUCUAAUUGUAUAUCACCUGGAUUUAAAACCAGUGAAAGUAUAAUGAUGAUGUAGAAUUUAAAAUAAGUUAGAAAAGAGAAGUUUUAAUAUUUAUUUUUGGAUUUGUAUGUGCUACCAGAAGCGGAGAAGAAAAAGCUCUGGUUCUCAUUAGGUCAUUGACACAUUUAUCAUCCCGACAAAAUAAUGGGUUUGACAUUAUUAGCAUACAUUAUGAAAAAAAAAUCUGACAGCCAGCCAGUGACAAAACUACUGUUCCCCCUGUUGUGAACCAACACAAAUUGUUACUAUUAUAUUUUGAAGUUUGAAGAAGUAUUUACUCAUGUAUAUCAUAUAUCAUUACAUAAAUGUUCAAAAUAUUAUCAAUGCCAACAAAAUAUUUUUCAUUUGAUAAUUUUUAUUAUGAGAAAAAUGAUUUAUUUAUUGUGCCACCCGUAUGUAUUUUUGGCUUCAGCUAAUGUUCUUGAAAUUCCUAUUAUUUAGUUUGAACAUAUUACAAGU